AUGGAUCAAUUAUACUAUGAUGGAAUGACUAUUACUAGCAAGAUGGGGUUUCCUUAUUUGUUUGUAACAUUCACCUGCAAUCCCAAUUGUCAUGAAAUACAAAAAAUACUUAUACCUCUUGGAUUGGAAGCACAAGAUCAUCCUAAUGUGAUAUUGAGGAUCUUUAAAAUUAAGUUUGAUCAGGGUUUAUCAGAUUUAGCAAAGAAGAGCAUGUUAGGAAAGGUGGUGGAAUAUAUAUACACCAUUGAGUUUCAAAAGAGAGGGUUGCCACAUGCACAUAUUUUAAUAUUCUUGCAUCCUUCUAACAAAUAUCAAAUACCUAAAGAUAUUGACAAGGUUAUUAGGGCUGAAGUACCCGAUCCUUUGAAGGAACCAAAGUUGUAA